GCUAUAGGACCCCCUGCAUUGCCAAAAUCAUAACAAGCUUGUCGUUUUCAGCCAUUAUGGCGAACCCACGAAAGUUCAGCGAAAAGAUAGCUUUACACAAUCAGAAACAGGCUGAAGAGACGGCAGCUUUUGAGGCGAUUAUCAAGGAGGUUACUAGUGCCACGCGGGGUCCAGGACCUUCAUACCCAAAACAACACUUGCCGAUAACGCCAAAUCUCGGAGUAUAUCGUGGUGGCUCGCUACCGAAUGUCAACCAAAUAGGCGGCAGUCCCGGCAUAGAUUUGCAGACCGCCCUGCAGCAUCUAGACGACAUAAGACAUGGCAAACCGAACCUGGUGGACCGAAUUCAUAGAGUGCGACCGACAGGGCCUCAUAGGCGCUUUCCCGUGGAUAAGCGAGCUGACUGCUCUCCAUAUGGAUCUACAUACCUGUCCCCCCCACCAGACACAAGCUGGCGAAGGAUGUAUCGUUAUCUUAAUGGAGUGUCGCUAUCGCGAACCAACUCGGAUUCAGCCCUGCAUACAAGUGCCAUGGCCCCCAUCGACAACAUUCAUCCCAACACACCCCCAACACAUCGUAGAAUUGCUGAAGUAGCUGGCCAGAAUAUGGGCGAUGGGGGAUACUGGGAUCCCAAGAAGCUUGCACAAUCUCGGCCAAAGUCAUGUGAAGUACCCAACAUUAACAUUUACCCAUCACAAGAACAAGAUUCAGGGGCUCCUCACAUACCCAUCUCAAACAACACUGGGUCGCUACCCGACCUCACCGUGCUCAACUUCCCAUCACCCAUGGCAACGCCGCUGGACGUUGAACCACAAGACUAUCAGCAACAAGGUAGCCCAGUCAACCUCUCCCCAACCAGUCUCAAUCACAUGACCAUGUCGCCACAGCAACAACAUGUCGCCAGCCAACAGAGUCCUGGGCAGCGACGUCGUCAUGCGCAAGGAGUUCCUAGUCCACUUGUGCUCAGUAAUACCAAUCAGAUGAGGAUACCCCUCUCACCACCAGUUGGCAAUAUGGACCCCAGUAAGUUAAGUGUGGAUCCCCGAAUACGUCAGCAGUAUCUGUUGUAUAUGCACCAGCAGCAGCAGCAGCGUCACCGAGCACCCAACUCCUCCUCUGCCCAGGCUGCUGCUCCUCCACACCCUGUAUACAAUAACCACCACCCUCACCCACAACAACAGUCGCAAACAUCUCCGCAACAGCAGCAGCAGCAGCAGCCGCACUCGCCGCACCAUCACGUACCGCAGGUGCAUAUUACAUCAUGUGAACAUGAACAGCAAUCACAGCCGUCUAUGACUCAGUAUCGAAAUAAUGUGUCAGAGACUGGCUGUCAAUCUCCCACAUCGCCGUUGUCACAACCGUCAUACUCCCCCGCUCAGUCUCCAGGCCUCCCCCCAACGUCCACAAUCAACAGCUCCCCCUUCGCCGAGGCGUACUACCUGCAGCAGCAACAGCAGACGAAUGCACUACAACAGCAGUUUGAGCAGUUCCACAUGGAAAGGUCAAGGUUACAAGAGAGCACAAACCAUGAUGGGGACCUCAGCAGCAUCCCUUUCUGUUCAUCACAUUACAAGGCUAUUUUAGAUCAGUUACCUGACAACACCCCCAUUUCAACAAUGGAGUCUGCCAUGAGUGCAAGCAGCAGUGUGGCAUCCUACUCUUCAGCCAUCUUCUCCCAGUCAGGCAUGGACAGCCAGGACUUCCAGCAACAGCAACAGCAGCAGAUCUUCCGCACCCUUGAGAUGGGUCUCCAGCAGCAGCAGAUGCUAGGGCAGACGGGGGUGGUGGGGAACGGAGGGGUCACUAGUCCGCAGCCGAACACACCCCAGCACUUAUCUCCUUCGGCCAAUAACAAAAUUCCAGAUAUUGUUCUUACCGGUGCUGAUGACACAUUGGGACGACCGCCGCCAGAUUUUGCCAAAGACCUUGGAAAUGCUAUCACAGGCAUGUCAGAUAGCUUUGAUACAGACUUUUUCUCAACUGAUGAAGCUUUUAAAGCAGGCUUAGACCCUCUAGAUCUAGAUGGACUUCAGAUGUUAACUGACCCAAAUAUGGUCACUGACCCAGCUACUGAGGACACUUUCAAACUCGACCGGUUAUAAGGGAGACAACUCUUUCAGAAGGAAAUGCACUGUUAACACAGGGCAGAUUUGUUUGUUGUUUGUGAUCAUGUUACCUAAGCACGGAUUGCAUCAGGAACGUCCUGUGGAGUCCCAUUGAUUUCAAGCAACCGAGUUGCUGCCCCUCGCUGGCAGGAGACUGUACCCGUGCUGGAAGCACAGCCAGGCCUUCAUUCAAGGGUUGACUGAAGAGGUCAGUGUGAGUGAUUUUCCCAUCUGCUGGGCGACAGUGAGUGGCAAAGUUGCCAUAUUUGAGUGUACAUAUUCCUCCCACUGAAGUGACCAGCACGGACAUUCCACAUACAAACCCCGCCCACCGGCCCUGCCUGCCUGCCUGCCAGCCUGCUUCACCUCCACAAGAACAAGGAAUCUUUACGCCAGGCUGAAAUUAUGACUAACGCCCUAACGACAGAUGUAAGAGGUUUGGCACCAAUGAGACUGGCUACUGUAAGAUGAUAUACAAGUUUGUAUGUGUUCUUCUUCUUGCUAUCUUGCUGGAUGACUGUACCGUGGUGUUAGACUUUCUUCAUCUGUUAGCAUCAACCUGCAUGGUUAUUGUCUUGUUUUCACUCAGCCGCCAGUGUCCGAAGUGUUGCUGCAUUCACAACAGUUCUGUUGAAGCAGUACGUAGCGUAGACAAUUCACAUGGACUUCAAUCUGCACAGUGACACUUUUGCUGCAGUUAUGAGGUUCCGACUAUUCCCCAGAGAGUAGACAAGCUUCAAGUCCAGUGAGCCUUAAUGCGAAUCGGUAGCCCAAAUAUGGAGAUGGUUGGGGUUUGGGCUCAGAAGUGCAUGAAAUGCUAGAUAUUUUUCAUACGAGACAAUUUCCGCAGAUAAAGACAUAAUUUUUCAUCACUUAUUAGAAGUUGAGGUAGGUACUAGCUGUCUGUGCCAGGAUGUUGAUUCAUUGAAAUGAGAACUGUAGUUCUUGUCAUUUCCAUCGCAGCAUUUGUUACACAAUGUACAAUGUUAUCUCAUCUCUCACCUACAUCACUGUUCAUGGUAGUUCAUUGCAAACAUUUUUAUCACAAUUUACCAAUCACAUUUGCUUGUUGGUCUUUCUCCUUUCGUAGUUCAACAUCAAUGUUUGCAGCGAUUCACUGAAUUUAUCGUUAUAAUGAUAACAUUUCAAGGAAUAAAUUUCAUUUGGAUGCUAGUGUCAAGAACAAGUGAGAUUUUUAUUUCAAGUGCUAGGAUAUUAUUUUGAAAAGAUUAUGUAUGACUCAAGGCUUAUUGACAUUAUUAUGGAGUCACCAUGCCUGUAUAUUAUCUUUAAUAUAGGUUUGUGUUGUUUUGUUUGAAAUUUGUCAGUUUAAGAAAAUAAUUUUAAGUGAAUAUUGUAAAAUUGUUAUGUUUUUUCUUAUUCAAAAUUGUCAAACUGAUAUAUUAUGAAAUGUUAUUUUGACAUGUUCUUUAAUUUCCACUUUUUCUGAAAGCUAUUGAUUUUUCUUGGGGAGGGUUCAUUGUUUUCAAAUGCAUAUUCGGAGGAGCACUUGAUGUGAACAUGCAGCUGGCGAACAGUUGAAAUAGAUGGUGUCGAGAUGAAGAAGUUAGACAGUCAAUGCUUGCAGUACAUGUAUGUUUCCAUCAAUUCUUGAGCUUCUUGUCAACUGAAAACAUAAUGUCUGAAGUCACAUCCAAUUCAUGAACCUAAAAAUCUUUACUGAAAUUAAUGUCUUUUCUGGCUGAAGUUGCCCAGUGGUACUGUAAGCUACAGAGAAACGCUGGAUGUACAAUACAUGAAACCAUGUCGCAAUACAAGGUCAUGUAUACAGUUGAAGAAAGAGAAACAUUUAUAAAGUUACCACAAACAGAGAAUCCAAAAUGAGUCGGAUGAAAAGUUUAAAAGGCUUGAUAUAUGUGAUAUCAAUAGGUGCUUGGGUGAAAUUCUAUUAAUCAUCCACAAUCAUUCUUCCAACGUUUUCAGUUGGUAAACAGUAAUAACUCAGUGUCUUGAGUGUAAAAAGUACAUCUAAACAGCUUCAGUGACCGGGAGAUUGGUGAUGUCAUUUGAUUGUGACAUCAUAGUAACCGAUGACAUCACAGUGGUCUGCAAGCAUUGUGGAAGCCAGGAUGUUAAGAGCUUAUGUUUACAUCCAGAAAGAGAAAAACUUCUGUGAUGUGUAUAUUGAUGGAAAUAUACCAUGUUACUCACGGCUUGAUGUCAAGGAUCCAGUCUGUUCCAAAGUCAUGAAAGUGUUGUAAAAUGACCUCUAGUUUGAAAUUCCACCAGAUUAUCAAACCCAGGGAUAUUUUUUGCUUGUUGACCAUGACCUUGGAGAAGGCGAGCUAUGUGCAAUGUAUGUUCGUAUGGCUGGUUUCAAAUGGCAGCUCUUGGUGUUUUUGCGUUUCUUUGUAUUGUUGUGAUGCUUUAAUCAUUCAUGCCUUACGCAUGUCUCAAAGCUGAAGACUGUUAGAGAUUUGUCUCUUUCAACUGUGUGUCUCCUAUUGCUGAUUCAGUUUCAUAUGCUUCACUAAAAUUUCACAUGGAUAUGCACUAUGAAAGUGUAGUAGAUUUUCGUUCAAUAGUGGCUUUGUCUUUAUACUAAUACAUGUACACACAAAUUUAUUUCUUUUUGAAAAGUACUUCACAUGACAUACAGCAAAUAUUUUACAGAACAGUCAUUGUCUCAUUCAAAUUUGACAGCAUCAAUAAGUAUUAGUGUAAAAUUGGUAAUGUUAUAGAAUCUGAUUAAUUUAUGAAUUGUGAAUGUGUAUAUGUGCAGCUGAGUGAACAAUGCUGAGCCAUGGCAUAAUAUUUCAUAUCACCCAGUCACAAUCAUGAACAGACCAUUUAUAUCCCAGAGUCUAGCAAAGCACCCCUGUUCCACUCUCAGACACAUCUUCAUCAUAAUCAUCAUCAUCAUCAUCAUUUCACAGAUGAUCAUAAUUUUAACUCCUUCAAGUGGAAUACUUUUCAUACAAAAUGUUCACCAUCGGCAUAAGAGUAUGUUGAAUUAUUAAUGUUCUUGAAGUACUUGUAUGGUCAAUGGCACAAACACUUUUCACAUGUGACCGUCUCCUUGCUGUACGUUGCUAAAUUCAUACAUGCCAGAAUUUGUCUCUGAUUUGUACUUAAAUGUCAUUGAUCAUGUCUUUGAACAGUUCACACUUCACUUAUUGGAUGAGGACAUGCCUGUGUUUAGUGGUUUGGGAAAACAAUGUAUAAGGAAUUAUAUGUUCAAGUUCUGAUGCUACUUAAUUGGUUACUUACAAAAACAUAGGCUUCCCAUGGCAAUUUAGAUUUUUGGGUUCCACGUAAAUUUGAGUUAAUUAAAAUUAAUAAAGUGUGAAGACAGGAAAUGAAUGUGUUUGUCCAACACAUACUUUAUAAUGACAUCCUUCAAAUACAUGUCAUCACUACAGCAGCCUCGGGGGGCCAACAUGAGGUGCUGUACGGACACUGGGCAUGUCAUAAAAGAAGGCUGUUGGUUUGCAGGAAUGUCACAUAAGCAUGAUAAACAAGACGUCCUUCAAGUGCAUUUUAUUUUCCAUUACUGCAUAAACGAACAAUUUUCACAGGUGGCUAAGCAUACGUUUCCCACCAAACAAUGUUAUUUCAUAAAAUUGUGCCUCAGAACCAGUUAUUAUUUUUCAGCCUAACAUGUUCUGAAAAUACUUUUAAGAACAGGGUUCUGUAUUCAUCAGUGUGUGUAAUUAUUCAACCACUAUUUCCAUAUUUUUAACCAUUUCACUCUUUUGAAAAUUUCACUGUGCAUAUUGUUAACACCAUUUAGAAGUAACGUCAACAUAUUUGUGUCUGCUUCACCGGGAUCUGCUGUUCUUCAUGUGCCAAAGUCAUUGAGGGCGCUCAUCGUAUUGAUUCCAUGACAUCCCUCAUCCCCGUGCUCAACGCAGCUUUCAGAACCUUGUGUUAAACAAUCCUUGUAUGUUGUCAGGGGAGUAGCACCUGGACGGUGGAAGGACCACUGUUCAUGGCCACUGAACUGGAACAAUUAUAUUUUGGAAACUACUUCAUAUAGGCCAUAGUGUACUCAAAGCAGCUGUUUUAUUAUAGUGUCAGAGCUCCAGAUAACUUUUUGAGCAAUUGAGUUUUUACUCUAGGGUUUCUAUUUUAAUUGGGUUAUUACAUUUUUCAUUGGGUAAGCAAUAUUGUUUCACUCAUCUAUUCAUCACUCUGUUGGGUUUUCCCAAAAUAAGUGAACAUUUUUAAGAUUUCAAAAACAUGAAAUAAUGUUUUAGAUUUAUGUAACUGUUCUAAAAAUAUAAUCUUGACUCGGAAGGUAAAUUUGCUCGUAAUUGUAUUUCGGAAAUUAGCUCCUUUGUACGCAUGCUGAAAAGGUUCAUUGAGGAUUUACGUGAGCUGUUUUUAUACAUUUGAGUUUUUCAUUUAAUGCAUGUGUUUCUGUACGCAAAUUAAUUGAAAGUAAUUGGGUUUUGAAUAUUUGGGGGUGGGGGAUUUUACGCAAAUACACUGCUUAUCUGUAGCUCUGAAUGUUCAUGAAUUCUAAGUUGUUAAAGCAUUUAAGCUACCUACAAAUACGUAGAAGCUGGAAGUGAUGUGUGUGGACCGUGGCUAUGUUAAGACAGGAUGUACCGAUGUCAGCUGUUUCUCAUCCAGUAUCACGUUUCAGUAUGCCAAAAUGAAUCAUUUUACUCUUUGUCAGUCAAACAAAUUGAGUUGUUGUCUGUUUGUCACUGCCAUGUGUACACUAUGAAACUUGAACAUACGGACAAUCGUCUAAGUUGGUAUCUAAUACUCAUUAAAUGAGAUAAGAACAAGAAAUGUUAGCAAAGACAUGAUUUGGUUUGCAGUACAUGCUAAAGGGGGACCACUCUGUGUGGAACUGAGACGUUGGCUCUGUUUUGAUUUACUGCUUGUUUGAUAAAAUUUCCCAAAAUUAUGGUGUUUGAAAACUUGAAUCAGCCUGGCUUGUACUUCCAAUAGGUUUAGUCCCUCUUUAGGAUUUGGCAAAAAUAGUGAUUAUUGCCAAUGUGCUUUCUGCUCAGAAUAACUGUUGCCAUGAUUGUCAUAUCAUCUGUAAAAUGUUACUAGAUUGUUUUAGCCUUUAUGUAUUUAUUAAUUGUUAAUUUAUUUGUUAAUCUCUUAGCUGUAGCUUUUAAUUUGUUUUAUCAUGAAAGCUGCUUUUGUAAGCAAUUGUUCUAACAGAUUUUUAGAGUAGAUAAAAACAGGUACGGAGACUUAACAAAGAAGGUUCCCCAGUGUGAGAUCUGUAAAUAGAAUUUAUCCUGAAGUUUACAUUAAAUGGAUAAUGUUUUGUGAGGAGUUUUGUUACAGCUGUGUUCUUGUUCAAUCGUGACAUUCUACUAACAGUAUUUGAAGGUGAAUAUACCGCCCAUGUCGCCACACUGAUUAGGACCCCUUAGAGAGUAGGCGUUCUUGACUCGGGGGGAAAAUAGCAGUCAUUAAGUUAACUUGGCUAAUAUUUACAUUUUAGAUUUUCAAUAUCUACUUUAUCAGAGAUUAUAUUAGGGCCUAACAAGAUGUGUCCAAACUAUUCUUGUAUGGGAUGUCAUAUUGGUGCAUCCAAACAUGUACAAAUAUUCCUUGUCCCUGGUAUUACAACUGUUGUCAUUCCAUUUUAUUGAGGGUAGCGAGUACACAACUUGCAUUCAUUAUAACUCGGAACAUUAUAAACUACUCAUAAAAAGUUAAGGACCACCCGAUUCUUUCAUAUUACUGGUACUAUAUUUGAUCUGUAAUGGCUUUUUUUUAAAUAGGGUGCAGUUGUUGCCAUAUUGAGGAAUAAGGGGCAGUUGUUGCCAUAUGGAGUGACACAAGGACCUCAAUUUUUUAUAGGGCUGGCUGGACUGAGACGUUCCAUGAGGACAAGAUAUUCUCCCAAUUAUUUGUUUCAUAUGCUGAAUUACUAGAGUAGUUUCUAAAAAAAUCAAACAAUAAGUAUUAAUAUUGUAACAGUAAAAUGUCUUUGUGUAGCCAGCCUGCUACGAGGUGAGGUUACUUAGGUGAUGUGUACAGCCAAGCCUCUUGUACGUACAGAUGACCAGUCAUUGAGGGUAUAUGUUGGGGUGAUCGUAUGGUUACAUGGUGACUGAAGAGAGUGUUAUUUUGUAAAAGGUUAUUUAUUGAGAACUGUUUUAUUUGUUGUUUGAAAUUAAGAUCACCAUUUCAAUAUUUAUGAACAAGAAGAAAUGUGUUUGUUCCCAGUGAUGUUCGAGUACAGAGAAGGAAUUUAUAUAUAUUGUAGAGAUAUAUUUAGAUUUGUUGUGAUUAUUCUUGUUACCAAGUCCAGCAAUGGAUUGAUGGCUGUGUUGACUUCUCUUGUCAGCUUUUGUUAAAACAUCGACAGGAUCUAGUGUAGCUGUUUCUGAUUCGGUAUGGUGAAAUGGUCACCAGAUUAAGCCAUGUGCUGAUUUUGGAUGUUUCAUGUUUGUGGUUUGACAGAUUAAAUCAGGCCUCAAAAUGAAUUUUGUAGUUAUUUCUGUCUGUAGACAAUAAUUAGAAUCAUGUACCAUAGGUAAAAGCUUUUUUUCUAACUUUUCUUUCACUUGAAAAUUGUAUUUUCCAGUUCUUGUCCAUAGCAGAGAUUUGAAGAAGUUAUAUGAGAUGUGAAUUUAUUUUUCUGUUAAAUGAGAAUUAUAUUGGGCUGUGAGAAAAGCUGAGCAAGUGCUAUUAGAGCAUGGAGGUGAUAUCUGGUGUACAACUAGUUUUGCCUGUUGCUGGUCUCACUACUAACAAAGUAAUUAACAGGGUUGACAUGGCAAGGGUGCAUUGUUCAAGCCACCAUUACUGCUUCGUUGGCUUCCGGUCAGGUUCACAUACUCUCCUUCUUUCAUGUGUAUCUUGAGGUGGGCUUGCGCCAACCCAACAGUGUAAGGUGAAUUUUGUUACAUUUCUUUAAUCAAUCCUGAACAGUGACGGAGAUCUCCAACUGCCUUAAUUUCCACCGUUUUCUAGUCAGCGUCCUGUGCCACGCAGCUUCUUGCCGCGUGUACUUCCUGCGAAUCAUGUCAUUGUAUCAUCAGAGUUAUCCCCCUUGCAUGUGUUCACACCACCCUUUCAGCUGACAUUCUACCACAUUUCUUUUUUAAAUUUGAUAAUUAUAGAUUUGUUUAGUUUGAACUUUGAAGCUCCACGUCUCUGAAGCUGUUUUGAAAAAAAUAUCAUGUGCUACACAUUCCAAACUUUCUUAUGUAGAUUUAACAUAACUGUGGUAAAAUGCUGUUCUGAAUGCAGUGAUUUGAUUGGUUGAUCAUUGUCUACCAUCUUCCCCACGCGUCUCAUUUUCGCCUACAUCGUUUCAUGUCAGCAUCUGGUAUUGUCAUGUAACCAUGGUAACCAUAUUCCUUUGCCAUACUGAAGUAAAAUUAUGUAACAUAA